AUGUUCAUCCCGCAGGAGAUCCAAGAGGCCACUCGAGUAGCUACUAUGCUACAUCCUCCCAAGACUAACCACGUGCCGUUGCCUACUGUGAUCCCACCAGACCUUCCUCGGAUAUACUACCAUACUUCAAGUGAAGUAGGCAAGAGGACCUUAUGGGUGGUCUGCAUCUUGAUGGGCCUGUCUUCGCUCGCAUUUUACGUCAUGGCCACGAGAGUUCCCGUGCAAAAACGUCUCUUCCACAUAAUAACGGCGUUGGUUACCACGAUCGGCUUUUUAUCUUACUACGCCAUGGCUACGGGUGAUGGUAUAACUCCCCACCCCUAUGUAACCGAGAGGUCGAAGCACGGCACGGUCGUAGAGAUCGUCAUUCGUGAUAUCUACUGGGCCCGUUAUGUCGACUGGUCACUCACAACACCUCUCCUCUUGCUAGACUUAUGUCUCCUCGCCGGCAUCAACGGCGCCAGCAUCCUCGUAACCAUUGUUUCAGACGUGAUCAUGAUCCUAGCCGGUCUCUUCGCGGCUUUCGCGAGACAUGAGGCUCAAGGCUGGGGAUGGUAUGCCAUUGCCUGCGUUGCUUACCUCAACGUCGUCUACCAGAUUGGCUACAAAGGGCGCCACGCCACAUCGGCCAGGGACAACAAGAUCAGGGCUUUCUUCGGGGCUAUUUCUCUCUUCACUCUCCUCUUGUGGACUGCAUAUCCCAUCGUAUGGGCUGUCGCUGAUGGUGCCCGCCGCGUCAAUGUCGACGGCGAGAUCAUCGCAUACGCCAUUCUCGAUGUUUUUGCAAAGGGAGUGUUCGGGUUCUGGUUGUUGCUAACACACGAAAAUAUGGCUUUAACGUCACCAACCGUCGAUGGUUUCUGGUCACAUGGCAUCUCCCACGAUGGAGCCAUUCGUGUAGGUCUCCUCAUUUUCUAUUCCUUGGGUAUCACUGAUAAUUAG